CUUACACAUGUAUUUUGCAAGGUGCUCGGGAAGCACCAAUUUCCAAUACUCCUGUCAAAUAUAUAGAGCUAUAUAAAAGAUGUUGGGAGACAGAACCAGAUUUGCGACCAAGCAUUAGCGAGAUUGUUGUUCGUCUAAGUACGAUGCGCUUAAAGCCGGUAUAUAACCCACCAUCACAAUUACCAGAAAACAGUAGAAAUUUAAACGCUCUUCUUUCAUCUAUAAGCACAGGGCAUAAUCCGACAUUAAUUUUUGAUGAAAAUCUUGCUGUCCCUUGGAAGCCGAACAACGAAAUGCCCCCUGACUAUGGUACAUGCAAGUAUGGACACAAGUUCACUGAUGUCGAAUGGUGCAGUAAAUGUGAAGCUAGAAACUUUUGUGAAGACUUCUACAUGUGGUCAAGUGGUGAUCAACAGCUUGAUGAAUUAAUAAAAGAAUCACAACUUAAUGCGACCAACGUGUCUAAUUACAUUGAGUGGAUAAAACUCGAUCAAUUUAAAGAUUUUAAAAUAAUUAAGGAAGGAGAGUUUUCCACGGUUAUUUCAGCAAUAUGGCGUGACGGACCACGUGAAGUAUGGGAUGAAGAAUCGAGUCGAUGGGAAGGUGCCUCCAAUACUAAAGUGGUUGGAAGGUUCCUGAAAGUUUAUGAGUCAGAUAUUUCUACAUUGCUGAAAGAAGUUAAAUUACAUUUAUGUUGCGAUAAAGUUAUUCGGUGCUAUGGGGUUACAUUUGCUCCAACUUAUAAUUAUGGAUUAGUUUUAAAGAAUACAAGUUAUGGCAAUUUACAUAAUUUUAUUAAUCAAAGGGCUUUUAUCGGAUGGUGGCAAAAAUUAAAAAUACUGGAAGGGAUUAUUCUGGGCCUGAAUCAAAUUCAUUUGAAAGCUGGUUAUAUUCACCGAGAUUUACAUUCAGGAAACAUCCUGAUCGACCAGGAUGAAUUGAGUGCAUCAGUAUUAAGUGCGUGUAUUUCGGAUUUUGAAUUCUCUAUUCCUAUUGGUUCUGAUGUUAGUAAAAGUCAAUUUAAUUCUGCUGACAGAAAAGUUCGACGUCGACGUAUUAAGAAAGCUCUACCUAUUAUUACUUCUGAUCAUAUUGAAAUUGAUUUAUUAAGGUCAAUAAGCAUUAAAUAUAAUUCUACUGAAUUUAAAUUUGAUGAAGACGAUCUUUUAUUAAAUAGUAGUGUGUAG